AUGCUCCCCAAAGCCAGUUCCCUGUGGCUACUUCGGCUGCUCCGGGACAUCCAACUGGCCCAGUUUUACCGGCCAAUCCUUGAGGAGCUUAACGUCACUGGGCCAGAACAUUUUGACUUUGUGAGGCCUGAGGACCUGGACAACAUUGGCAUGGGCAGGCCUGCCCAGCGCAGGCUUGCUGAAGCCCUGAAGAGACAGUCUUCUGUGUCUCCACAAGCCAGAGGGGAGACUCAAGAGUCUGAUUCCAGAGGGUGCCGUGUGCAGAGGGGAGCUCCACCCCCACUGCCUGUGGCCCUACUGUGCCUUUUCUUGCGUCAGUUGGCAGGAGCCAUGACGUACUUGGGGUCCCGUGGGUUAGUGCACCUGGAUCUCGCUACCUGCAACCUGCUCCUGGCCUCACCGCGUACCAUCAAGGUGGCAGAUUUUGGAUUUGUGAGACCGCUGGGCGGCGCCCGAGGUCGCUACGUGAUGGGCGGACCCCGUCCCAUCCCCUAUGCCUGGUGUGCCCCAGAGAGCCUCCCUCAGGGAGCCUUCUGCUCUGCCCCCGAUGUGUGGAUGUUUGGCGUGACACUGUGGGAAAUGUUUUCUGGAGGCGAGGAGCCCUGGGCGGGUGUUCCACCAUAUCUCAUCUUACACCGGCUGGAGAAGGACCGAGCCAGGCUGCCAAGGCCUCCUCUCUGCUCCAGGGCCCUCUACUCACUCGCCUUGCGUUGCUGGGCCCCUCACCCUGCAGACCGGCCUAGCUUUUCCAACCUGGAAGGGCUGCUUCAAGAGGCUUGGUUUUCUGAAGGACGUUGCGUUAGGGAAGUUACAGAACCAGGUGCUUUGCGGAUGGAGCCGGGUGACCCCAUCACUAUCAUCGAGGGCAGCCCGGACACCACAACCUGGAAGGGUCAGAAGGGCCGCACGUUCAAAGUGGGCAACUUCCCCGUGUCAGCGGUGAUACUGCCAGACGUGGGGGGUUCGCCAGUUACCCAUCCAGCCCUCAGGGCCUUCCUUGCCCGGGGAGAGAAAUGCCGAGGAAGCAUGGACGGGGACAGAGAGAAGACAAAGUUCCAGGAUGUAGCAUCAGCACGGGGCCAGAGAAGGAAGGUGCCCCUGCAGAGGAUGAAAGGAAUAUCCAAGAGUCUGGAGUCAGUGCUGUCCCUGGGUCCCCGACCCACAGGAGGUGGUUCAAGCCCUCUGGAACUUCGACAUACUAGAGCUAUGCCCCAGGGGCUCCCAGACCUGCCUCCGCGCCCACCGGACCUGCCUCCACGCCCACCUUUUAUCUCCAGCUCUUCUCAGCCCAUCCAGCCCCACAAAUCACGACCUCCCCGGCCCAAAUCACACAAUCAUCGCACCGGAGUACCUGGAGCCAGCAAAGCCACUGUCCCUUCUGGAGGCCCGUCGUCAGACCCCGAGUGGCAGAGAAAGAUUAUAGAGGUGGAGCUAAGUGUACAUGGAGUCACCCACCAGCAGUGUCAAGUGGCACUGAGAACCUCUGGGGGAGAUGUGGCGUCUGCUAUCCCGAACCUCAAGGUAGACCAGCUCUUCCACCUCAGUAACAGAUCCAGAGCAGACUGUCGGCGCAUCCUGGAGCAUCAUCAGUGGGACCUGUCAGCAGCCAGCCGCUACAUCCUGGCCCGGUCCUGA